AUGAAUUGUGAAAAAGUGGUCGGCAAAGAGAUUGAUAAAGAGGAGGAAUACGAUGACUUUUACAUCCUCGAUAAUCAAUAUGUAUUUAUCCUCCUGCCAAGCGGCAACAUCAAAGUGGUCAAACUUCAAAAGGAUACGAAGGUAUCUUUGGGUAAAUUUGGUACCUUUCAUGCAAACGACAUAAUAGGAAAACCUUUCGGUCAUUCCUAUGAAAUUCAUGACCGCGAUAAGAUAAAGGUCAUUCGUAACGUCGCAUUUUAUGAAGUUGAUGAGACGGACGCAAAUAAUAAGGAGACGAUUGACGAUCCUUCCAAGCAAAAGUUAUCUUACGCCGAUAUUGAACAGUUGAAGAAAGAUGGAUUAGAAGGACAGGAUAUUAUCAAAAAAGUGAUUGAGAGUCAUUCAACUUUUGACAAGAAGACCGAGUACUCCAAAGCGAAGUAUAUCAAGCGCAAAGAAUCAAAAUUCUCGCGUGUUUUUACCCCGGUGAAGCCGACUUUAUAUUCUGUUUGGGAAUACUUCUACGCCAAGAAUCCCUCUAAGAUAAGAGAUAUGCGGAUCGACACACUUUCCCAAAUGUUGACUUUGGCAAAUGUAAGAGCGUACGGAAAAAUGUUGGUGGUGGAUGACACUCAGGGGCUUGUAAUUUCAGGUGUCAUGGAAAGGUUGGGAGGUUACGGUGUUGUGAUUGGCAUACAUGACGGAGAAAAUCACAAUUUUGAUGUUACGAGAUAUAUGAAUUUCUCGAAAAAGGUCUCGGAUUCGUUGAUGGUAUUAUCCUGGCAACAGGUUUUUAAAGAGAAAGCUCAAGCGCCGUUCAACUACCGAGAUGAAUCAAGCCUUUCCGAAAAGGAUUUAAAAUUUUAUCUUCGCAGCAAAGCAAAUUAUGAGAGGAUAAGGGCAACAAGGGAAUUAUUGUUCAAAGGCGGAUUUGAUGGGUACAUAAAUGGUAGUCACUCGAUUAUUGAUAGCCAGUCAGUAUCAACCGGAAUCGAUCCUGGAGACUCUGGUGCCCUAUCUGUGCGGAUCAAGAUCAAUUAUAAUAUAUCAUAUCAACAAAGAGGUGUGUGUAAAAUGGAAGCUUAUGGUACUGGUCGUGGGAAUGGCAAUUUGCUUAAGUACUUGAAUCCUACGAUUACAGAGGGUUGGUUGAGACAAUAUCAGGUGUUGCCGGGUCGAACUCACCCGUCGAUGUCGGCAAGCGGUGGCGGCGGUUACCUCCUGCAGGCGACCUACGUGGUAAUCGAUCCAUCGCUUCCCACCCCCAUACCUUCACACAUGCGAGCAAAGGUCAACAAUGAUCCCCCGGAGGAAGUUCACGCUCCUGGUUCGUCUGCAACCGAGAAUACUUCUUUGGAUGAUGACAAUGGUCAAACUAUGAUUGCUUCAGAGAGUGUUUAUAAGGAUGUCAAUGAGGAUAUUGUCAAUGAUGACGGUGAUGAGAUUCAGAGCAAACGUUCAAAGUUAGAAUAA